AUGCUCAACCGCGACCGGGUGCGCGACCAUUUGACGCUGAUGGACGACUACUUUGCCCCCGAUGUCCUCUUCGCUGACAAUUUUUGCCAACGCUUUUGGAUGGGCAAAAAUGUCUUCGAUCAUCUUUACCAUGGCAUCCGGUCCUUUGAGGACUACUUCAUCUUCAAGAACCACGACGUGGGAAGGAUUGGGUUCUCUGGUUAUCAGAAGUGCACAGCCGCAUUGCGGAUGCUGGCAUAUGGCACGACUGCUGGUUCGUGGGACGAGUACCUAUGGAUGUCCGAGAGCACAUGCGGAGAUGACAUGGUCAGGUUUACAACUGCUGUGUUUGAGGUGAUUGGACCUCAGUACCUGAGAGAACCAACUGCGGGAGGCAUCGAGAGGCUCUUGGCAAUCUUGGAAGCAAGAGGAUGGCCAGCGUUCAUCAUCGUGUGUGAGGCGUUCCUCCGCAUCCCCCCCUUUGGCCUAUGGCUCAAGGUCUUCAAUGUGAAGCUGAAAUAG